GUAUUUGAUGAUGGUGGCUUUUUAUUAGAAGCUGCUUUUAGUUUGGCAGUUAUUACUGCAUCAGACGGACAAGAAAGUCCAUUUGAAGCAAAUGUCAUACGAACGUCACCAGGUGAUUUGUUAGAAGCAGAAGAAGCAAUGUGUUCGAUUUUAGAAAGUAACGUUUUCGGAAUAUUUGGACCAACAACUAAAGGCUCUAUAGAGAGCAUGCAAUCUAUUGCGGAUUAUCUCGAUGUUCCACAUAUUAUUAUCGAACCAAUGGAAACGCAAAAUCGUAACUGGUCUGUAGUUAAUUUAUAUCCCAAUCAUAUCGCUUACUCACAGGUUUUUGCAGACAUUAUCGUAAUGAAAGGUUGGAAAGAGUUUACGAUAAUUUAUGAAGGUGCAGAACUUCUGUCAUUUUUGGAUAAUAUAUUAACCAUGCAGGAUUUGGAGUCAGGGGAACAUGUUUUAAUGCAAGUCGUUCAAUUACCUGAUGGAGAUGACUAUCGAAUUCCUUUGAAAAAUGUAAAAGCUUCUGGUUCUGUUAAUUAUAUCGUACAUUGUCGUAAAGAAAGUUUACCACAGUUUCUGGAACAAGCUCAGCAGGUCGGAAUUAUGUCUGAUGACCAUAGUUAUAUCAUAAUGAAUCCAGACUUUCAGACAAUUGAUAUAGAGCCUUAUAAACACGGAGGUUCUAAUAUUACAGGUAUUAGAUUUUUUGAUCCGAUGUUAGAAGAUAUUCAAAACUACAUUGUUUCCUUAAAUGGGAAAGUUGAGGAAUUAUCUGAUGGUCAGAUAACAAAUGCCAUUGUAGAUAAUGCGAUUACUCUUGAUCUAGCAUUACUUUAUGAUGCUGUGAUAUUAUACACAACGGCACUUAAUGCUAUGAGAUUAGAAGAAGCUGCAAAUGUCACAUGCGAAUCCGGGGAGAGUUGGAAUGUAGGAUCCAGUAUUAUAAAUUACAUUAAGGCAAUAGAAAUAAAUGGUUUAACAGGCGUUGUCAGGUUUGAUGAAGAUGGUUUCCGAUCUGAUUUUGAAGUUGAUAUUAUAGAGCUACAGCCUCAUGGUCUUGAGAAGGUUGGAUCUUGGAAUGCUGAAGAUGGAUAUGUCAAUACAAGAGUUGUAAUACCACCAGCCGAAUUGGAGGGUUCUGAUGCCAUGAAAGGAAAACAUUUUAUUGUUCUUACUGCUUUGAGUGCACCUUAUGGAAUGUUGAAAGAGUCAUCCGAUAAAUUAGAAGGAAAUAAUCGAUAUGAAGGUUUCGGUAUCGAACUCAUUGAUGAACUAGCAAAAAUGAAUGAGUUCAACUACACGUUUGAUAUACAAGCUGAUGGAGUGUACGGUUCACUAGACCCAAAAACAAAAAAGUGGACAGGAAUGAUGGAAAAGAUAAUGGAUGGGAGAGCCGAUUUUGCAAUAACAGAUCUCACUAUUACUUCAUCCAGGCAAAAGGCUGUGGACUUUACCAGUCCCUUUAUGAAUUUAGGUAUAACUAUAUUAUAUAAGAAACCAACAAAGCAGCCGCCGAAUUUGUUCUCCUUCAUUUCGCCGUUUUCCAUGGAGGUAUGGAAAUCUCUUGGCGGAGCCUUUGUCGGAGUUUCAGUGCUCUUAUUUAUUUUAGGCAGGCUAGCCCCUGAUGAAUGGCAAAACCCAUAUCCAUGUAUAGAAGAGCCAGAGACCUUGGAUAAUCAGUUCACAUUGGCAAAUUCAUUUUGGUUCACACUAGGUAGUGUGCUAACACAGGGAUCGGAAAUCGCACCAAUAGCAGUGUCUACACGCAUGGCUGGUAGUAUGUGGUGGUUUUUCACAUUGAUAAUGGUAUCUUCUUACACGGCUAAUCUUGCAGCCUUCCUCACUGUGGAGUCAAAAUUUUAUGCCAUCAAAUCUGUAUCUGAGCUCUCUAAUAAUCCGUAUGGUAUUAAUUAUGGCGCUAAGAAAGGAGGUGCCACGUUUAGUUUUUUCAAGGAUUCAGAUAAUAUGAUUUAUCAGAAAAUGUUUAAAUAUAUGGAUGAACAUCCGGAAUUUCAAACAGCGACUAAUGACGAAGGUCUUGAAAGAGUGAAGUCAGAUGAGGAAAAUUAUGCAUUUCUAAUGGAGUCUACGUCAAUAGAAUAUAUGGUGGAGAGAAACUGCGAUGUAGCGCAAGUAGGAGGAUUAUUGGAUAGCAAAGGAUACGGCAUCGCAAUGAAAAAAAAUUCUCCGUAUCGGCAGCCUAUGAGUGAGUCAAUACUCCAGUUACAGGAAGAAGGCAAAUUAACAAGGAUGAAAGACAAGUGGUGGAAGGAGAAAAGAGGAGGUGGUGCAUGUGCAGACGACGAUGCAGGCAGCGCAGAAAGUCAAGCCUUAGUACUAGCUAAUGUGGGCGGUGUAUUCAUUCUUCUUGCUGUUGGUUCAGUAUUUGCUUUUAUAUGUGCAAUCUUUGAGAUGAUUUUUGACGUUUGGAUCAUUUCUAGAAAGCAAAAGGUAUCUUUUAAAGAAGAACUAAAAGCUGAAUUAAAUUUUAUAUUAAGCUUUAGUGGAGACGUAAAACCGGUACGACAUCGAGAAAGUAGUAGUACCGGAUCGGGAGGUUCUAAAAAAGAAGAAAAUGGAGAUGAUGCACAGUCUGGUAAAGACGUUGAUGUUGACCAGGACCGGGCACCAACUCCACGAUCAGAACGAUCUACUCAUUCACAUCAUACUUUACAUAGCAGAAGGCAAAGUAACGCGGUGCAAAUGGCGAGAAUGCGGAAAUUUAGUAGAGUAUAAGUUAAUUUAUAUUUUUAAAUCUUACUUUAAUGAAAAGGAAAGAAAUGCAUAAAAUGUCUAUGAUUUAAUUACCUAUCUAAUAUGAAUGUAGCACUUAGCCUCUUCAGUAUAUUGCAGAAAUAUAUAAAACUUAUGCAUUAUUUAAGAAAUAUAAUGCAUGUAAAUCAGUAGCUAUAAAUAAAAGUGAAUAAUUUCACUAGUAAAAUUAAAAUAAUAAAAUGUAUAUAUAACGACCCAAAGAGGAUUGGCAUUAGGCAAGUAGCUGGUCGUAAAAAUAUAAAAUAAAUUCUAUAGUACCUAACAUGGAAAAAAAUAUUAAGGUAAUGAUAAAGGGAUAUCGCCAGUAGUAAUAAAUUAAGUUAAGAAAAUACGUAUUGUAU